GUUCUCAUUCUCAUUUUAUUUAUGUCACUGUCAUCGUGUUGAAAUAGAAAAUGAAAAAUUGCAAAGUUUACACUUCUCCGCAACUCAAUAAUUAUUGAUAACAGAGUAACAAACUUUACGGCCAAAACUAUAUACUUGCAUACUACUUCAUAGUUAUAUCUUUAGUGUUUUCAUUGAUUUACAAUGAGUAGCAGUGGUUAUACUCCUAACACAGGUGUUACAGCACCAAUCGACCCAGGUUGGAAUGACCCUCCUAAAUUAUCUUAUAAUCCAGGAACAACACCGAAUAAACCGCGUAAUAUUCUUAACAAAAGGGUGGCGUUUCCCUUAUCGAGCGCCACGUCUAACUCUGUCGUGGUGCCUCCUGUGAAUAUACCGCCAAUGCCCGCGGGCUUCCCUCCUGCACCUCCGGCUCAGGUACCAAGCAUACUUCCUCAGCAAAUAAAUGUAGACAGUGAAAGUACUCUCCAGGAGGUGAAACAAAUAUUGUUAGAAUUCUUAGACAACAGCAGUGAGCUUGGUCCCAAAGCAAAUGACAUUAGACGGAGAAUAGGAGUCAUGGAGGAAAUGUGGAACAGUGGCAAAUUGGACAGCAGGAUAUAUGUGCAAAUGAAGGAGUUGGCGCAUGCACUGAAGGAUGAUAAUCCAAGCAAAGCAGAUGACAUCCACAGGGCUCUGAUGGUGGAUCAUGUCAGUGCUGUGGGCACUUGGAUGCCCGGCAUCAAACAACUCAUACACAACUGUAUAGCUCGAUCAGAACUGCUAUCUAUUGAUAAGGAAUAAACUAGGUUUACCAACAUCCAAUAAGAAAUCAGCAGCAGUCUUAUAAUGUUUAAAUAUUUCUAUUUGCUUCCAUUCUUCAUUAGAUACUGCCAAACUCAUCAGAAAAUGAAAAAUAUACAAAAGGUUUGGUAUAACUUUUUUUAUUACAAAUAUGAGAUCUCCCUGUAGCAGCCAAAAUCCAUAAUUGUUAUACAUGAUCGCCAGUAGCACUAAAAUUGUAUACCUAGCUCGAGACAUAUUCAUGCUGAUAGAGGGACAGAGUGGAUAUAUCUUUACACAUUAUCUUCAAAACGAGAGGUCCUUUAAAAACAGUCUUGCAAGGCGCCCAUGUUAUGUGGAAAUGAGAAAGCAGAAAUAUAUAAUGUGGAUGGAUUUGAAUAAAGCCGUAUUUUCACUAGGGGACAUUUGUUCGGCGACUCGGACUCGCGACUUUUCGACGUCGACAGGACAUUUACAGGUCGCGCAAUUUGUCGCUAGUCGAUGCUCUGCGAGCGUGUGCCUCGACAGUCGCCAAACUUGGCUUUGAGUAGUGAGAACGUGUGUCGCUUUUUGUUCUAGAAAUGGCAGUAGUGUGGCUCAAUGAGAAUACCGACUCCUCCUCAGACGAUAUACUGAUCAAAACUGGCUAAUGUGAACAAGCGAAAUGUCCCCUAGUGAAAAGGUGGCUUUAUCUUACAAUAAACCUAGUAUUUUAAUUAAUUUAAGAAAUGUGAUGCUUUUAUUAAGUUGUAACUAAGUUGGCCAUUUGUAAUAUGAGGUACAAUGUAACCUGUGUUGUUUAUACAA